AGAUAGCCAGCCGCGUAGGAACUCCCAUUCCCCACGCGUUCUAAGCCAAGGCGGCCGCCACCGGAGACCCGGAGCGCGGCGGACCGGAGGCGUGAGCAGCAGCAGCAGCCAUGGCGGAGAUCGGAGGCAUGCUCGCGACCGCCGUCGUCAAGGCGGCGUUCGGCAAGGUGGCGGCCGCCGCCGGCGACCGGGUCGCGCAGCACCGGAGGUUCGGCAAGGACAUUCAGUACAUGAGGGACGCGCUGGAGUCCAUCGAGGCGCUGAUGGAAGACGCGGAGAGGCGGUCCGUCGAGGACAAGUCGGUGCAGCUGUGGCUCAGCCGCCUCACCACGGCCUCCUACGACAUCUCCGACAUCUUCGAUGAGCUAGAGGCCAAUGCUGCCAGGAAAUCAGCUCUGCAAAAGUUAAAAGUUCUAAACCUCUGUCUCACAGCUGCUUCUAAGGUUGGUAUGGCUGAUAGGACGAGGGAGGUUAGGGAGAGACUGGAGAAUAUCUCAAAGCAACGCCAGGAAUUCAGUUUCACGGCAGGCAACAGCUCCUAUGCACAGCAGGUUAUUGAUGACCGUGCAACAUCGUCAGAGGUGAUAGAGGUAGAUGUCCUAGGAAGGGAUCAAGAUAAACAGAAAGUAAUGACCCUCUUAAGUCAAGCCAGCUCCUCAUCAGAUUUCAUUAUCCUUCCGAUCUAUGGCAUCGGAGGCAUUGGCAAGACAACAUUGGCAAAGCUGGUUUUCAAUGAUGCCCAUUUCAUGGACUAUGAGAAAGCAUGGGUUUAUGUCUCCCAAACAUUUGAUUCCAAUAAAGUUGCAGAAAUUAUAAGAUCAGAACGUCAGAACAACCAGACUCACCUAACCAACACACAAGAGCCAGAUACUGAUCCACCUGCUCCUAAGAAUAUUCUGAUUGUUUUAGAUGACCUGUGGGAGAACCGUGCCAUUAAGAUUGAUGAACUGAAACGUUCCCUAAAAUUGUUGUGCAGUGGACGCAACAAAGUGCAUGUCAUUGUGACCACACGAGAUGCUGAAAUUGCUUCGAAAAUUCAAACGACUGAAGCAUACGCCAUAGAGUCCCUGUCAUCUGAUGUGUGCUGGAAUAUAAUUAAGCAGAUAGUGGGCUUUGAAGAUAAUGACAAAGAAAGUUUGGAGAAUAUUGGGAAGGAGAUUGCAAUGAAGUGUCAAGGUGUGGCACUGGCAGCUCGUGUUCUUGGGUACAUGUUGAGGUCCAAGAAUUUUGAGGCAUGGGUUUCAGUAAAAGAGAAUGGCAUGUGGAAUAAAUCCACGACAGAAAAAGACUAUGAUGAUGUGCUUGCAUCUUUGAAACUAAGCUACAGCAGCAUGCCCCCGGACCUAAGGCUAUGCUUCACCUAUUGUGCAAUCUUUCCAAAGGGCCACAAGAUGGCAAAAGAUCAUCUUAUUUAUCAGUGGGCUGCUCUUGGUUUCAUUGAGUCUUCUAAUGAAGAUUCCUCAUGGCUGCAGCAUGGUGAGGGCAUCAUUAAGCAACUAUUGGGGAUGUCCUUUUUACAACAUUCAAAUUCCCCUUCGUCUUAUGCGCAACACGGCAAAAAUGUGACAUUUUUCACUAUGCAUGAUCUGGUGCAUGACCUUGCAAGAUUGAUCAUGCGGGAUGAAGUUCUUGAUACUACCAUAAAGUACAAUGCUAGAGGAAGCAACUACCGCUAUGUGUCCCUUGCAGAUUGCACAAGGCCAUUGAAUUCAUUUGUGACUUAUCCUGAUAAGAUUCGAGCCCUUUGUUUUCUGGGAAGUGCCAAAAUUGGACGUGAUGCUGAUGGAUUCUCAAGUGCUAAGUAUCUGCGCAUGUUGGAUUUGGCAGAAUGUUCCAUACAGAACUUGCCAUAUUCUAUUGGCCAGCUGAAGCUGUUGAGGUAUCUCAAUGCUCCAGGCAUCAAGGAUCGAGUGAUUCCUAGCUGUGUCACCAAGCUCUCAAAGUUAAUUUACCUUAACCUUCGUGGAUCUUCUGAGAUUUUAGCACUGCCAGAAUCAAUUGGAGAAAUGGAAGAUCUGCAGUAUCUAGAUUUAUCAGGUUGUGAGAAAAUUAGGAAACUACCAAAAUCAUUUGAGAAGCUAAAAAAUUUAGUUCAUCUGGAUUUAUCUGAUUGCCCUGAAGCCAAUGGCAUAGCAAGAGCCUUGUGUAGCCUUACCAAACUCCGAUAUUUGAAUUUGUCAAGGGAAAAUGAAUGGAUACAUCGUGUAGACAGUGCACCUCUUCGAGGGCUUCCAGAAGUGAUAGGCAAACUCAUUGAACUACGGUAUUUGAAUUUAUCAAACUGCGAGUAUUAUAUCUUUGGCCCUCGAACAAUGGUAUCGGAAGGUGAAGAAAACUCAACCCCAGUUGGUAGUUUCCAUGACAGUAUGAUAUCAGAAGGUGAAGAAAACUACCCUUAUAUUCAAAAAAAGAAAAACUCAGGUCCUGUUGGUAGUUUCCUUGAAACUAUCAGUACCCUCGCAAAUCUAGAGCAUCUAGACUUAUCCAAUAACAUGGACAUUUAUUCUAUACCUGAUAGUUUCUGUAGCCUCAGUAAGCUACAUACACUAGACCUCACUCGUUGCUAUGAUCUAGAAAGGCUACCAGAGAAUGUAGGUGAAAUGGACAUGCUGAAGUUUCUAAUUGUGAAGGACUGCAUAAUAAAUAUGUCCAAUCUGCAAAGCAACAAGCAUGUGAUCCCAUUGCCGAAUUUUGUGGUACAUGCUGCUGAAGGUGAACAUACCAGCAAUCUUGUUCGCCUUAAGAAUGCCUCUCCUCCUGAGUUGGAGUUACGUUGCCUUGGUAACGUAAAGUCCGUAGAAGAGGCACGGGCGAUAAAAUUGAGGGAAAAGCGAAGUAUGGUAAAACUGACACUUGCUUGGACAACAGGAAAGAAAGGAUUUGUGGAGGACAUGGAAUUGUUGAAAGAGCUAGUGCCACCACGCAAUUUAGAACACUUUGAGCUAAGUGGUUAUAACAAUGUGAUCUUUCCAACAUGGCUAACGGACAUUGCUACAUAUCUCCCUAACCUUGUCAGUGUGUCUUUGUGGGACAUCACCCAGUGCGGCAGCCUACCACCACUUGGUCAGUUACCGAACCUAAAAAGGCUUAAACUCGUGGCAAUAUCUGGCAUUAAAAAAAUUGACAGAGGCUUCUGCGGUGGUGUGAAAGCUUUCACUCGAUUGGAGGAUUUUUCCAUGUUCCGGAUGGAGAGUUUGGAAGAGUGGACCACAGCGUACUCCAAGGGUGAGGGCGGUGUUGCGGAUCAGUUCAUGUUCCCCAAUCUCAAGGAGCUGGAGAUAUUUGGAUGCCACAAGCUGAGGUUGAACCCACGUCCACCAAGAGUGAAGGGAACCUGGCGCAUAAGAGAGAGUGACGGGGUGCUACUACAAUGGGGAGAGAGUUCUCCGUACACUGGUUCUUCCACCUCCUCUGCUUCACUAGCUUGCCUGCUCAUCAAACCCAGCAUGGCGCCUCUGCAUCAGUGGAAGCUGCUUCGCCACCUUCCUGCCAUCAAGGAGUUAAAUAUUCAGUACUGCAAUGAUCUGAGCAGCUCAUCGGACAUCAUUGGAGCCUGUUCCUUACGAGAACUUACUCUGCUCUGUUGUGAUAUCACAUCACUGCCGCAAUGGUUGGGACACCUCACCACUCUCCAAAAAUUGAGAAUCCGAAGUUGCCAAAGCCUGAAUAAUUUGCCAGAAUGGUUAUGUGACCUUGUGUCUCUCAAGGAUCUGAACAUUUAUGAUUGCCAUGGCAUCGUGUCUCUGCCAGAAAGCACACAACGGCUCACUAAACUUAAACGCCUAACCAUUCAGGAUUGCCCUGCACUAGAGCAGUGGGGCAAAUUAAAGGAGAACAAGAAAAAGAUUCAUCACAUCAAAGAGGUGAGAUGGCAAGGGAAGCCCGAUCUAUUGUCAGCGUUGAUGUACUGUGCGGAGGAAUUUAGUGAAGAAUGAACAAGGUGGCUUGGUGUCGAUGGACCCACACUGGCUUAUUGAAUGUUAGAAUUGAAUGUCAGGGGCGAAGCUGAUGCACUUGCAGAAAAAUGCAAAAAUAGUGACAAAGUCUAUUUUUUCACAUUCACCCCCAUAGCUCAACUUGAUGCACCAACGAGGCAAACACAACCCCUUUGAUCUGCUCCAGCUUCACCACUGUUAGAGUUGGAGCCUACCUGUGUGUAUGUGCAACCGCUACUCAUAGAUGGUGCUCACUUAUCCAGCCGGGGAUGCAUUCCUUUGAGUAUAGUUCUCGAGUAGGAUGUGGGUAUAUACGGAUGUGUGCGAGUUUAGUGAUUUGUGUGUUCCCUCUCCGUACAUAUAGCGUCUAUUCAUGGCUCUUGCAACUACAAGCUAUACUAUCACACUUGAUUAUGUUUAGAUGAUAUUUUUCUAAAAUAUUUUUAUUUGUUGCAGAACAAUUUUAUCUCUAGAAUAUUUUUUAUCUUA